GUAUAUCAGGCAGCCCAUACUGUAUAUCAGGCAGCCCAUACUGUAUAUCAGACAGCCCAUGAUGUAUAUCAGACAGCCCAUGCUGUAUAUCAGCCCAUGCUGUAUAUCAGACAGCCCAUACUGUAUAUCAGCCCAUACUGUAUAUCAGCCCAUACUGUAUAUCAGAUAGCCCAUACUGUAUAUCAGGCAGCCCAUGCUGUAUAUCAGGCAGCCCAUACUGUAUAUCAGGGAGCCCAUACAGUAUAUCAGCCCAUACUGUAUAUCAGCCCAUGCUGUAUAUCAGACAGCCCAUACUGUAUAUCAGCCUAUACUGUAUACGCCCAUAAUACUGUAUAUCAGACAGCCCAUACUGUAUAUCAGGCAGCCCAUGCUGUAUAUCAGGCAGCCCAUACUGUAUAUCAGGGAGCCCAUACUGUAUAUCAGGCAGCCCAUGCUGUAUAUCAGGCAGCCCAUAAUGUAUAUCAGACAGCCCAUACUGUAUAUCAGACAGCCCAUGCUGUAUAUCAGGCAGCCCAUACUGUAUAUCAGGCAGCCCAUACUGUAUAUCAGACAGCCCAUACUGUAUAUCAGGCAUCCCAUGCUGUAUAUCAGGCAGCCCAUACUGUAUAUCAGCCCAUACUGUAUAUCAGCCCAUACUGUAUAUCAGGCAGCCCAUCAUGGAUAUCAGGCAGCCCAUACUGUAUAUCAGGCAGCCCAUACUGUAUAUCAGACAGCACAUAUUGUAUAUCAGGCAGCCCAUGCUGUAUAUCAGGCAGCCCAUGCUGUAAAUCAGGCAGCCCAUGCUGUAUAUCAGCCCAUACUGUAUAUCAGGCAGCCCAUACUGUAUAUCAGACAGCCCAUACUGUAUAUCAGCCCAUACUGUAUAUCAGGCAGCCCAUGCUGUAUAUCAGACAGUCCAUACUGUAUAUCAGCCCAUACUGUAUAUCAGGCAGCCCAUGCUGUAUAUCAGACAGCCCAUACUGUAUAUCAGACAGCCCAUACUGUAUAUCAGCCCAUACUGUAUAUCAGGGAGCCCAUACUGUAUAUCAGACAGCCCAUACUGUAUAUCAGACAGCCCAUACUGUAUAUCAGCCCAUACUGUAUAUCAGGCAGCCCAUACUGUGUAUCAGCCCAUACUGUAUAUCAGUCAGCCCAUACUGUAUAUCAGUCAGCCCAUACUGUAUAUCAGGCAGCCCAUACUGUAUAUCAGCCCAUACUGUAUAUCAGGCAGCCCAUACUGUAUAUCAGGCAGCCCAUACUGUAUAUCAGGGAGCCCAUACUGUAUAUCAGGCAGCCCAUACUGUAUAUCAGGCAGCCCAUACUGUAUAUCAGGCAGCCCAUACUGUAUAUCACACAGCCCAUACUGUAUAUCAGGCAGCCCAUACUGUAUAUCAGACAGCCCAUACUGUAUAUCAGCCCAUACUGUAUAUCAGGCAGCCCAUACUGUGUAUCAGACAGCCCAUACUGUAUAUCAGGCCAUACUGUAUAUCAGGCAGCCCAUACUGUAUAUCAGGCAGCCCAUACUGUAUAUCAGCCCAUACUGUAUAUCAGCCCAUACUGUAUAUCAGGCCAUACUGUAUAUCAGCCCAUACUGUAUAUCAGGCCAUACUGUAUAUCAGGGUGCCCAUACUGUAUAUCAGACAGCACAUACUGUAUAUCAGGGAGCCCAUACUGUAUAUCAGACAGCCCAUACUGUAUAUCAGCCCAUACUGUAUAUCAGACAGCCCAUACUGUAUAUCAGCCCAUACUGUAUAUCAUGCAGCCCAUACUGUAUAUCAGACAGCCCAUACUGUAUAUCAGCCCAUACUGUAUAUCAGGGUGCCCAUACUGUAUAUCAGACAGCACAUACUGUAUAUCAGGGAGCCCAUACUGUAUAUCAGACAGCCCAUACUGUAUAUCAGCCCAUACUGUAUAUCAGGCAGCCCAUACUGUAUAUCAGACAGCACAUACUGUAUAUCAGGCAGCCCAUACUGUAUAUCAGACAGCCCAUACUCUAUAUCAGGCAGACAAUGCUGUGUAUCAGACAGCCCAUGCUGUAUAUCAGGCAGCCCAUAAUGUAUAUCAGACAGCCCAUACUGUAUAUCAGGGAGCCCAUACUGUAUAUCAGGGAGCCCAUACUGUAUAUCAGGCAGCCCAUACUGUAUAUCAGACAGCCCAUACUGUAUAUCAGGCAGCCCAUGCUGUAUAUCAGCCCAUACUGUAUAUCAGACAGCCCAUACUGUAUAUCAGACAGCCCAUGCUGUAUAUCAGACAGCCCAUGCUGUAUAUCAGACAGCCCAUACUGUAUAUCAGGCAGCCCAUACUGUAUAUCAGACAGCCCAUACUGUAUAUCAGCCCAUACUGUAUAUCAGACAGCACAUACUGUAUAUCAGGCAGCCCAUACUGUAUAUCAGACAGCCCAUACUGUAUAUCAGACAGCACAUACUGUAUAUCAGGCAGCCCAUGCUGUAUAUCAGACAGCCCAUGCUGUAUAUCAGGCAGCCCAUGCUGUAUAUCAGGCAGCCCAUAAUGUAUAUCAGACAGCCCAUGCUGUAUAUCAGGGAGCCCAUACUGUAUAUCAGGCAGCCCAUAAUGUAUAUCAGACAGCCCAUACUGUAUAUCAGACUGCCCAUGCUGUAUAUCAGGCAGCCCAUACUGUAUAUCAGACAGCCCAUACUGUAUAUCAGACAGCACAUACUGUAUAUCAGGCCAUACUGUAUAUCAGACAGCCCAUACUGUAUAUCAGCCCAUACUGUAUAUCAGCCCAUACUGUAUAUCAGGCAGCCCAUGCUGUAUAUCAGGGAGCCCAUGCUGCUGUGUAUCAGCCCAUACUGUAUAUCAGGCAGCCCAUACUGUAUAUCAGACAGCCCAUACUGUAUAUCAGACAGCCCAUACUGUAUAUAUCAGACAGCCCAUACUGUAUAUCAGGCAGCCCAUGCUGUAUAUCAGGGAGCCCAUGCUGUAUAUCAGGGAGCCCAUGCUGUAUAUCAGACAGCCCAUACUGUAUAUCAGGCAGCCCAUGCUGUAUAUCAGCCCAUACUGUAUAUCAGACAGCCCAUACUGUAUAUCAGACAGCACAUACUGUAUAUCAGGCAGCCCAUGCUGUAUAUCAGACAGCCCAUGCUGUAUAUCAGACAGCACAUACUGUAUAUCAGGCAGCCCAUACUGUAUAUCAGACAGCCCAUACUGUAUAUCAGACAGCCCAUGCUGUAUAUCAGGCAGCCCAUACUGUAUAUCAGGCAGCCCAUACUGUAUAUCAGCCCAUACUGUAUAUCAGCCAGCCCAUACUGUAUAUCAGACAGCACAUACUGUAUAUCAGGCAGCCUGUGGCAGAAGCAGCCACAAGGGACUGUACCUGCAUUAUUAUUCCCUUGUAUUUGUCCUAA